AAUGUAUGUACAUCACUCUAUGUCCACACUGGAUGACCUAUGAUGGUCAAGAUGACCACUACUACAUCAUUCUGACCAUAUAUAAGUAAUGGACAUCGGCUGUAAAUCUUGUAAAGUCUGUGUUACCUGUGAUAGCUUUACCUGUUAAAUGUCAUACCUGGUUCAGGUGCCUUGUGGGCACGAUUCCUAUACCUACAGAAAUCCAUAGUUGGAAUUAAAAUCUUGAUCAAAAACAACAAAGUAAGGAAUCCAAUCUACCAAUCAGAAUGAAGAUCUCUUACAACUACAAAUUAUUCUGUCCUGGGCAUUGUAGGUAAGCCAGGCAUGAAUGGCGGGAAGUCGGCCGUCAGGUAAUCAGCGUACCUGUAGUGUGUAUAUCGAUCAUACAAUUUGUAUAUACCUGGCCGGUGUACAGGUGAGCUCAGUCUUCACAGGUACACAGCCAAGACUGGCUGACACUAGGGUAGAUAUACCCUCUGGUUCAUCUUCCCGCUAACCCCUAACUCAGGGCCCUAAAGGGACUGUACAGCAAGUAGGAGUAGGGGGAACUCCUAUUUGCUUGUAACUAGUACCCAGGGGCUCUGGACUUUAAUGGAUUACUGCAGCAGUUUGGGAUAUAGUUUUGUUUCACUUUCGUCGUUGUGGGGAUGCACAUUUCUUCAUCACUGAAUGCCUUGAUAUUUCGGUGAGAUUCGGUGGCUGAGAACACUGGCACAACAUACUGAACAAAAAUGGCUCAGGAAAACCUAAACUUGACUUUAUCUACUCGGGUGUUCGCCGAGAGGGUGCGAUCUCUCAAAGAUGAACAGGAGAGGGUCCAGAAGAAAACGUUCACUAACUGGAUGAACACCUAUCUAAAACAGAAAAACAUGAAGGUGGAGAAUCUGUUUGAAGACAUUAAAGAUGGUGUUCAUCUGUUGUCCCUGUUGGAAGUUCUGUCGGGGGAGAGACUGCCAAUGGAGAGAGGGAGACUCAAACGAGUCCAUCAUGUCAGCAACUUGUCUACAGCAUUGAAGUUCCUAGAAACCAAGAAAAUCAAACUUGUAAAUAUAAAUGUGUCGGACAUCGCCGAUGGGAAGCCGUCCAUUGUUUUAGGGCUCAUAUGGACCAUCAUCCUUUACUUUCAGAUUGAAGAUACAUUCGCACAAGCAGGUGUAGGCGAGGAUGGUGAGCCGCGCCCAUUGUCCGCGCUCGAGAAAUUUCGAAAGAAUGCAAAGAAGGCUCUGUUGGCAUGGACAGGAAACGCUAUAACAAAACGAUAUGGAAUUGAGAUCACCAAUUUUGGGAAGAGUUGGCGUGAUGGCUUGGCGUUUAACGCAAUCAUACACACAAUUCGUCCAGACCUGGUAGACUUUGAACAGGUCAGACAACAGAAUGCCCGUGUCAACUUAGAACAGGCCUUCUCCACAGCCGAGAACUCCCUCGGGAUUCCACGCCUGCUAGAUCCUGAAGAUGUGGAUGUUGAGAAGCCGGAUGAGAAAUCCAUCAUGACUUACGUAGCUCAAUUUCUGAAGGCCUACCCAGAGGCAGGAGAAGAUCCUUCGCUUGCCAAGAGGAAGAAGAAUCCUGCCGAGCAGGAGCUGGCCGACUAUACAGAUCUGAUAACUUGGCUGAACACUGAGGCGGACGAAGUACUACAGAUCGUCGACCAACCGGUGACUGACAGACAACAAGAAUACAUGGACUACCUGGCUUUUAAAACAGAGGUAGACCGACGUGAGAAAACUUUCAAAAAGUUAGAGGAGAAAGCCAAGACAAAGUCCCUUCAGAGGCUGACACCGGAACAGUGGAAGGAACUGGACACCAAGUGGAACCAGGUUUAUCGACAGACCAGGAUGUGGCUGUGGAAACUGGAUGCCAGUCUCCCAGGGGAGACUCGGAAAAUUUGGGGACUGGCUCAACCAGGCGGAGGAAAUAAUGGAGUCUGUACCUGAAGAGCUUGAUGGCCAUGAGGACAUGGCAAAUCAGCUCGCUAAACUAGUCGGGGAUCACAAGGAGUUUUUCAAAGAACUGGAGCCUUACAAACAGUUUUUUGGUCAAGUAAAGAAAUCUGGACGUUAUGACGGUGAAUUUUUACCUGGGCCACAGCUAGAUAAUCUAGCACAGAGAC